AUGCAGUGCUUGAAGUGCAACGAGCCCGUGCCGGUCGCCAACUCUCAGCCUGCUGGCGCAAAGAACCCGUUGCGGCGCAAUUGCAACGAGUGCUGCGCCACCGACCAGCACAAGAAGAGGACCCUGGCAAUCCUGAACUACAAGCCACCUCCAGGCGACGCCAUCAAGCCCGAGACGCAGGAGAAGAUCAACGCGGCCAAGGCGUUCAAGCAAAAGUUUGACAGCUUGAGGGGCACAGACAAGGUGGCGUGGUACUUGACGGAGAAGAGGAAGCGCGAGACGGAGUCCAAGCAGACGAAACGGACGUUCGCUGACACGAAGGCUUUCACGAUUCACCAGUCGGGCGAUUCGAAGUUGACCGACGACAAGGACGACUACGAGACGUUCGAGGAUUGGGCGGUGCGACAGAUUGGCCUCAAGAGGUGCGCCAACGAGACGGAGGCUGCGGAGAAGUGGGAGCUCGAGAUCGCCAAGCCAGGUGCGAGGGUCACCGAGAGGAGGGGACAAGUCUUGCUCGGUCGUUUCGCUGGCGUCGGGCUCACCAAUCGCCAUGAAGAGGGGUGCAUCACUGGCUUCAAGGGAUCAAACAACGUGGACUCCAAGGAGGACAUGGAGGCCGCCCAGAGCCACAUGGAGGACGCCCGCCUCAAGUUCAGGAAGACGAGCGAGCUGCUGAACGCCAGGGCCAAAUGUGAGGCUUCCUCUGCGGGCGGCGCGAAAAUCUCCCAAGUGGACUGCCCCGUGGGAGAGGAAGACCUCAACCCCAAGAACAACUCGGGCAUGCAGAACGUCCAAAGGGAGCUCGCCAAGAAGGCGGAGGCUCAGGCCGUGCAGGACGCGAUCUUCCAGGACCAGGUGGACGAGGCCGUAGUGCGUGAGGCCGAGAAGAAGCAAUCUGCCGAGAGGGUCGCGUCGGUCGAGAAGCUCAACCUGGAGAGCUCCACGUCCAAGAUGGCGAGCGUGCUCAUGGACUCAGUGCUGAAGUACCGCCAGCAGGCGGAAGUGGUGAACCAGUGGGCUUUUGUCUUGAAGCAGGGUGGCGAGAGCGCUAAGCUCGAUGAUUUCGACAACGAGCUCAAGCAGAAGACGGAUGAUUUCACCGCGGCGGCUAAGAAGAUGUCUGAACGGGCGGAAGCAAUCACCAAAGAGUUCAAUGACUUUGCUGGGGACGAUGCCAACACCGCCGAGGCUCUUUUCAACAAGGCGGGCACGAUUCCGCAGUUGACGAAGCGCUUCUUCACCGAGGAUAAUGCUGUGAAGGACACCAAGGAUGCUCUGAAGAAGUUGCGCGACUACAAGGACCAGUGCGCCAAGGCUCUGAAAAAACAAGAGGCUGAGGAGGCUAAGCAGAAGGCCCGCAAGUCGGCCGUCCAAGUCGGCAGCGGCAUCAGCACAGAGGCGUUGCAGGAUCAGAUGAUGAAGGAAAUCAAAUCCAACGCCCACUGGGUGGCAAACAACAUCAACGCCAAUUGGAUCGUUGACAAGGUGUUUCAGGAGCCCCCGAUCCCAGCGUUCGUCCCCAAGGAGCGCGUGGAGUCGGUCGUCGAGGAUCUCAAGAAGAUCGAUUAUUUCAAUUCUCAGAAGAGUUGGGUCGCCGCGGCCAUGAAGAAGCAGAACUUCGAGUACACGUCGGCGUGCAUCGUGAAGGCAGCCGCGGUGGCGACAGUGGAAAAGGCGCUCGUCAAGUUGGGGCAGCCGAUGCAUCCAGGAGGCCGCACUGGCGCAGGAAAGAAAAUCGUGGAGGGGUUGCAGCAGCCGACGUUCUACCAAGGCAAGACUGGCGGUGUGUAUGUUGCUCCUGGCACCGACUACGGCAUGAUCGACACCCGCUUGAAUUUGGACGGCGCGGAGAUGAUCUUCUUGAUCAAGAGUGAGGCCGUGGCUGGCGAGGACGUCCGCGCGAAGAUAGCGGCCGUGUGUUCCAUGUCGCCGAAGGACCUCGUGAAGGCUGCCACCGAUCAUGGAUCGUACUACUACCUGACCAACGGGUCCAUGGUCAUUAUCCCAACGGGCUUCAUGGUUGUCAUCAUCAACACGAGCGACGACCACGCCGUGCACGGGAUCCGUUGGUUGUCCAUCGGGUCCAAGGUGAACGCUGCGAAGACUGUUGAGGUCUUGGAGGGCUUGACGGCAUCAGACGAGAACACCGAAGCAGCGGAAGAGCUCUUGCAGGCGAUCCAGGAUGAUAUCGCCGCGGACACGUUCGCCGAGGGAGUGCCGACGGCGGCCUGA